GGCUUCAAGGAAAUUUUCUCUCAGUUCUUCCCCCUCGGAGACGCCACGCACUACGCCCACUACGUGUUCAACACCUUCACCCGCAACCACCUCGGACAAAUCAGCUUCGAGGACUUCCUGGCAUCCCUCUCCACGGUGUCUCGAGGCACGACGCAGGAGAAGCUUCAGUGGAUCUUCGGCCUCUACGACGUGAACAACGACGGCCUCAUCACCAAGGCGGAGAUGGUGGACGUCGUCAGCGCUAUCUAUGAGAUGAUGGGUCGAUCCACCGAGCCGCAGGUGGAGGAAUCAUCCGCCAAGGAGCAUGUGGAGAAGAUCUUUCAUCUGAUCGACGCCAACCAAGACGGGGCCAUAACCAUAGAGGAGCUGGCGCAGUGGGUGUCGCGAGAUGACACCAUAAUACAGAGCCUCAGUAUGAUGGACACUGUACUCUACACCCGCAGAGAUGCCGCCUCCUCUCCGCCCACGCACCCAACCUCUCCGCCCACGCACCCAGCUUCUCCGCCCACGCACCCAGCUUCUCCGCCCACGCACCCAGCCUCCCCGCCCACGCACCCAGCCUCUCCGCCCACGCACCCAGCCUCUUCGCCCACGCACCCAGCCUCUCCGCCCACGCACCCAGCUUCUCCGCCCACGCAUCCAGCCUCUCCGCCCACGCGCCCAUCUCAGAAUACAAGAAACCUUUGCGAAUGCACGAUGCCAAGCAAUUGCAAGAGCACUGCCACACCAUCAGGGGAUCAUAGUGGUGCUUGCAACGAGGGGGUGAUGAUCCCUGCCUCGUGCGCCCAGUGA